ACUCGAACCAUGCCCCGCUUCAAACUUGUCUUCUUCGUGCCCGUAGCGUCUACACAGCACGUCCUCGGACGCCUCUUUGAACGAUUCCCGCGGAACGUCGGGCGGAUCGGCGCGUACGGCGGGUGCGCAUUCGUCAGUCGGGGCACCGGGCAAUUCACACCGCUCGACGGCGCGCACCCGGCGAUCGGGGAGGUAGGCAGGCCGGAGCGGGUGGAGGAGGACCGCGUCGAGGUGGUCGUGCAAGCCGACUCCGAGGCGGAUCUGUCAGAUGCAGGUCUGCGGGAGGGGCAGCGCGUACAUCCGUAUGAGGAAGUCGCGUACGAUGUGUAUAGGUUGGAAGACUUCUGA